AUGUCCGACCCCAAACCACAACCCCAACCACCACGCCGUAUCCUAACAGCCCCCAACCCCAACCCCAACCCCAAAUCCAAGAUCCCUCCCCCCUCCUCCGACCAAAAUACCCAAGCCCGUCCGCACGCGAUAACCCUGGACCUCCUCCUCACCGUGCUCUCGCGCACGCUCUUCCACCCCUUCAUCGCCUGGAUCCUCGUGCUCUGCCUCCGCGCCCAAGCCACGCCCUACACCGCGCCGGCGUUCCUCGUCGCCACGGGGUACGCGAUAUUCCUUUCCGCUCUGAAUGUGUUGCAGAGCGUGAACGACCGGUUCGCGUACGGGGAGCCCCGGCGCGUGGAUCUGAGUGAGGAGGUGGUUGUGGUCACGGGCGGGGCGAGCGGGUUGGGGUUGUUGAUUGCGAGGAUCUAUGGGUUGAGGGGGGUGAGUGUGGCGGUGUUGGAUGUGAAGGGGGCGGAGGAGAUGGAGGGAAUGAUGGAGGGGAUGGAUGAUGCCGUGGGGUAUUAUCGGUGUGAUGUUGGGAAUCGCGGGGCGUUGGAGGAGACGGUGCGGAGGGUGGAGAUGGAGCUGGGAACUCCGACAGUACUGGUUCAUUGUGCGGCCGCUCGUAUCAACGGUCAAUCGCUCCGAGAUGUCCCCGCGGAAGCGUUCCAGAAAACUAUCCGGACCAACUUGCUCGCGGCCUUCCAUGCCUACCAGGUCUUCCUGCCGCGGAUGCUGUCCGCCGCCACGGGCGGGACCAUCGUCACCGUCAGUUCGGUUCUGGGCCAGCUGUGCGCGGCAGGGCUGGCGGACUACUCGGCCAGUAAAGCCGGGCUGAGCGCCGUGCAUCGCACGCUGGAAGCGGAGCUCCGCGCGUCCGGUGACGAUGACAAGGUGAAGAUGAUCCUCGUGGAGCCCGGGCAGAUCUCCACGCCGCUUUUCCAAUCGGUCCAGACGCCCAACCGCUUCUUUGCGCCCGUCCUCGAGCCGGUCCACGUCGCGCAGGAGAUCGUGUCCGCGAUCGACAGCGGGAGAGGCGCUGUGAUCCGACUGCCCACCUUUGCGAUGCUGGUCAACUGGUAUGCCGUGAUGCCGGCAGGCCUGCAACGCUUGGCGCGGUAUAUGAGUGGGAUCGACAGCGCCGUCGCGCAAGCCUCCUUGUCUCAGAAGAACCCGCCAGCCACCAGCGCGCCGCUGACUGAACAACCACAACAGCAGUGCGAGCCGCUUUCCGUAGACAAAGACUGA